AUGGCGGACGUCCAUCGUUUCGUGUUCAGGCUCGCGUGCGCGCUGUGGUUCGCGCUCGGAUGCGCGCUCGGACGCGCGAGCGCGUCGUUGGGACGGCGCGCGACGACGCGAAAGGAUGCGAACGAGACGUCGGCGACGGCGUCGAGGGCGAGACGCGCGGCGAGCGCGCGCUCGGAGACGACGACGGGGACGGCGAGCGCGGCGCCGAUGGAUUUGGGGGAGAGCGCGAGCGCGGCGGGCGGCGGCGAGGCGGACGGCGAGGCGCGCGACGGCGAGGAAGCCGAGUCGGCGUUCGCGGGGAUGGACGACGAGAUGGAGGACGCGUUCGUGGACGAGAGCGAGACGCGCGGCGAUGGGGACGACGGCGAGGGAGCGAGCGAGAGAUUCGGGAGCGCGCCCGCGACGUUCGCGAGUAAGGAGAACGGGACGGCGAAGACGGGCGGGGACGUCGCGGCGGAGACGUCGCGGGGGGACGAGUCCGGAUCCGCGGCCGAGGACGAGAGUGACUCCGCGGAGACGAAGGAAAAGAUGUACUUUGUCGCCGAACAAGUGUCGGAGGCCACGAGCGCUUUAAACGCCGCGGACGACGAGCGCGCCAAAGCUCGCGCGGAGGCGAAUAAGAUUGAGUGGGAACGACGCGCCGAGGAGCUGGCGAAGCAGCGGGCGAGAAAGGAGAGACGCAUGAUGGAACGCUCUCAGACGUUUAGGCAAGAGGCUGAAGAUCGCGCCAAGGAAGCGGAUUCACUGAAUGAAUAUCGCGUCUCGGCGCAGACGGCGCUCAAGUCGGAGGGGUUGUAUUUCAUAGCGGAAAACGGCGAUUUGGCGACGUUAUUGCUGCGGUUGGGAACGCACGAGGACGGUAAGAACAUCGAAACUUCGUACAAAAAGGCUUUAUUGAAGUUUCAUCCCGAUCGCUCCGCGGCGCGCGGAGGAACGUUAGAGGACAACGCGCGUUGCGAGGAAACCUUCAAACUCCUGCAAGCGUGUCGAAAGGUUUGGGAAAAUAUGGGCAAACCCAACAAGGCGUUCACUCGCGCGCAGCCGUCGAUGACGAGGCAGUGGACUCGCGCGACGAGUUCGAGCACGCAGACAUACUCGACGUCUCCACCGAACAAUAACGCCGCGUACGAAAGCUACCAAGCUGGCCGACGCUCCGCUGAAGCUGAGGCGCGAGAUAAUCAGUCCGAAGUGAACGCCGCGUUCGUACAAAAAGCCAAACAGGAAGCCACUGAGGCAGAAAAUCGUAUGCGUACCGAAGCUGCUCGACGUUGGCGAGAGUUGCAGAAGAUGCAGCGCGAAAAGUCUCAGCGAGAGUCGAAAGCAGAAACAACACGCGUCGAUUCCCUACAAAAAGCGCGAGAGCGAGAAGAGUUGCGCAAAAAAUUGGAGGAGAUCAAGCGCACGUCCGCUUCGUUUCCAAUGUCAGAAAAUGUGUCUCCCGCGAGCGAAAGAACUAAUCUCAGCCCAGGUGUGAGCAGAACUUUGUCUGGCACGCGAGUUCACGUGAACGUGAAGCCCACGGUGUCGCCGGGCAUCGACGCGUACGACGCCGUGAGCUCCCAGUCGGCGCGAGCGACUUCACCGCGUAGCCCGCAAACGAAAGAGCAGACUCUACACAGGCUGUGAAGUCUAUACCAAUAUUAGUCCGU